AUGGGUUUGUCUUUUUGUGGUCUUCUCUUAUGCGUGUUAAACUACCUCUCUGGGUAUAGACAUGGUUGGUCUGAUCUAAAGUUUGUUGCCCAAUUAGAUUUUGCAUUCAGAACACUCACUUGGUUUGUGAUCUCUGCUUACUUGCUCAUCCAAUUCGUUCAUACAAAUGACCACAAGUUCCCCAUUCUACUAAGUAACUGGUGGACCUUCUAUUUCCUGAUGUCUUGCUCUUAUCUUGUUAUACAUCUCGAUUUUUAUUGGAGACAUUCAUCCCUACAGUUCCUACUCUGGAUCUCUGAUGUUGUGUCCAUUAUUUCUGGUUCGUUCUUUUGUUAUGCUUGGUUGUUUCGCAAGGGAGAAGAAGAUAAAUAUUCUAAUCUUUUGGACCCUUUGUUAAAAAAAAUUAAUCACGAUCAAAACAAUAGUGAUGAUGGACAAGGAUCAAGGGUCAUUGAAAAGAGUGCAACUCCUUAUGAAAAUUCCAAUCUUUUUAGUAUUUUCACUUUCACUUGGAUGGGCCCUUUGCUUGCACUUGGGAAUAAAAAAACGUUGGAUCUUGAAGAUGUACCUCAGCUUGCCAAUUGUGAUGCUGCCAAUGUGGUCUUUAGUCGUUUUAUAGAUAACUUUGAAUCUAAUGGUAGUUGCAAUGGUAAUGUUAGUCAUGUAAGCACACUCAAAUUGGUGAAGGUACUAAUUCUCUCAACUUGGAAAGAAAUUACGUGGACAGCUCUAUUUUACAUUAUAUGCACAUUGGCUUCUUAUGUUGGACCAUGUCUUAUUGUCCCAUUUGUUCAAUUUCUCAAUAGCCCUCACCAACCGGAAUACAAAGGUUAUACAUUGGUGUUUAUAUUCUUUCUUUCAAAGCUUACAAAGUGCCUCUUAGAGAGGCAUUUGUUCUUUCAAUUGAGAAAGGUGGGAAAUCGUGUCCGUGCUGCUUUGUUAACAGUGAUCUAUAAUAAAGGUCUUAGGCUUUCAAACCAAUCGAAGCAGGGCCACACUAGUGGAGAGAACAUUAAUUUGAUGAGUGUUGAUGUUGAGAGGAUUGGAUUUUUCAGUUGGUACAUGCAUGAUAUAUGGAGGGUGCCUCUUCAAGUUGUUUUAGCAUUAUUAAUCUUAUAUAAAAACCUCGGGCUUGCUUCACUUGUAGCUUUUGUUGCAACAAUAAUAUUGAUGUUAGCAAAUGUUCCACUUGGAAAACUAGAGGGAAAAUUUCAGAGGGAACUGAUGGAUUCAAAGGAUCGAAGGAUGAAGGUGACAUCAGAGGCUUUGAGGAAUAUGAAGAUUCUCAAGAUUCAGGGCUGGGAAAUGAAGUUCUUGGCUAAGAUAAUUGAGCUUAGGAACUUUGAAACAAGUUGGUUAAAAAAAUUACUUUAUACAUCAGCUGUGACUGCAUUUUUGAGCUUGUCUACUCCCAUGUUUGUAUCGAUGAUUACUUUUGGGUUUUGUGUACUUAUGAGAAUUCCAUUAAGGUCAGGAAAUAUUCUAUCUUCACUUGCAAUAUUUGAAAUAUUGCGAUGGCCUAUAUAUAAUCUCCCAGACACAAUCUCAACAGUAGUUCAAACUAAAGUUUCCCUCGACAGGAUAGCCUCAUUCCUCUCUCUUGAUGAUAUUAUUCCGAAUGUAGUACAAAAGCUUCAAGGAAAUUGUGCCGACAUUGCAGUUGAGAUUGUUAAUGGGAAUUUCUCUUGGGACAUUCAUUCUCCCAAUCGCACACUUAAAGAUCUUAAUUUUCGAGUUUAUCGUGGUAUGAGAGUGGCUGUUUGUGGUUUUGUUGGUUCAGGCAAAUCAAGCCUACUUUCAUGCAUAUUAGGGGAAGUGCCAAGGGUAUCUGGAGUUGUCAAGUUGAAUGGGACAAAGGCUUAUGUUGCACAAUCACCUUGGAUACAGAGUGGUACAAUAGUAGAAAAUAUAUUGUUUGAUAAGAAAAUGGACAAGAAAAGAUAUGAGAUGAUCCUUGAAGCAUGUUCAUUGAACAAGGACUUAGAAUUGUUUGCCUUUGGAGACCAAACUAUCAUAGGGGAUAGAGGGGUCAACCUAAGUGGUGGACAGAAGCAAAGAAUCCAGAUUGCACGUGCUUUAUACCAUGAUGCUGAUAUUUAUCUACUUGAUGAUCCUUUUAGUGCUGUGGAUACUCACACAGGAACUCAUAUAUUUAAGGAAUGUUUGUUGAAAAUUUUGGGUACAAAAACAGUGAUAUACGCUACCCACCAAGUAGAGUUUUUACCUUCUGCUGAUCUUAUUCUGGUUAUGAGAGAUGGUAGGAUUACUCAAGCAGGAAAGUAUGAAGAAAUUCUAAGUUCAAGAACUGACUUUAUGGAGUUAGUGAAUCCACAUAAGAAAGCUCUGGCAAAACUUAAUUCUAUCGAACAUGAGGCUGCUUUGGAUAAUUUAGUUAAUGGUGAAAGAGAUGAUGGUAAUAUGUUGUGUAACGAGAAGACUAUUAAGGAUGAUGAGGAAGUGGAACCCAAAAGUUACAAAACAGAAAAACUAGUUGGGCCAGAAGCACAACUUGUCCAAGAAGAAAAGAGAGAAAAAGGUGGAGUUAGUCUCUUAUUUUAUUGGAAAUAUGUUACUACUUCAUAUAAAGGGGCUUUUGUACCAUUGAUAUUACUGGCACAAAUUAUUUUUCAACUUCUACAAAUAGCCAGUAGUUACUGGAUGGUGUUAGUUACUCCUGUUUCAGAGAAUGAGAGACAUUAUAUUAGAGGAUCCACUCUCAUCUUAGUUUAUGUUUCUUUAACCCUUGGAGGCUCCCUUUGUGCACUUAUAAGGUCCAUGCUCGUUGUAACUGCGGGAUACAAGACAUCCACUAUGCUCUUCAGCAAAAUGCAUUUGUUCAUUUUUCGUGCUCCCAUGGCCUUUUUUGAUUCUACACCAAGUGGAAGGAUUCUUAAUCGGGCAUCUAUAGAUCAAAAUGCAGUUGAUACAUCUAUUCCACAUCAAAUUGAAGAAGUUCUUAUCUCAAUUGUAGCAUUCUUAGGGAAUACAGCAGUAAUGUCACAGAUUUCAUGGCAAAUGUUAAUAGUUUUUGUUCCAAUGACUAUGACAUGCAUUUGGUACCAG